GAAAGGGGAAGCGAGCUUGGCAUUAACAUGGCGGUGGACCGGGCGGACGUGAAGGUGGACUGAGAGGCGGAGGCCCAGAGGACGGGCCGGUUCCUGGGAACGCGGCCGAGCUUCCCUUUCUCUCCCCAGCGUCCCGUUUUUGCUUUGCGGGGCGCCGCUGCUUCGCCCGGCUUCCUCCAUACCGGGCUGAGUGAGGGCUCUUCCUCCUCUUCUUCCUCGCUCCUUCGAAGCUGUUUUUCCCUUCCUGGGGGCUGGAGGUGGAGGGGCUUCUCUCUCUCAAUAUCGGGCUUUCCCCCGUUUUCCUCCCUUCCCUUCAAGUUUGGAGGGCGGGCCUUCUCCCCCCCCCCAUUUAUCCUCUCGGAUUCUUCUGACGACCCCUUCCCCCCAAAUUAAGCGCCUCCGUUUGGAGGCUUGCCUCCCCCCACCUCCUUCCCCCUCCCGAGAAGAUUGCAAAGGGCUCUUCUUUGAUCUCCCCCCCCCAAAAAAUAUUUUGGGUCUUCUUUCUUCUUCUAUUUCCCCUUCUGCCCCAGAUUCCUCUGCUAGAAAUUGGUGAGGUUCACCAAAUCCCUCUUGUUUAAAUAAGGGGUCAUUGACGCUUCACACACACCCUAUGUCACCCCUUCAGAAAAAUAUCUCCCCUUCCCCUUAAAUUAUCCUGGCAAAGUUUCUCUUUCUGCCCAACGUAAUUCCUCCCUUUCCUCUUCCUUGUGAUAGCCUAUUCCCCUCUCUUGCUGAAUCCCUCUUCCGUCUCUUGAAUAGUCUGUCCACAAUAUCCCCACCUUUUUUUUCUUUGAAAUUUUGGGGGUUCUGGCAUCCCUGACAUAUUAAACCUUUAACUCCAUUUUGAUAGAUACACCUGUCUUUUUUCCCUGGGAGAGGCAGAUCUGCACACAGUUUUUUCUUUUCUUUUCUCCUGGCAGCUUCGUCGUCUCAUCCUAUUUGUCUUCUCUAAUCCUGAAGCAUUUUUAGGUUCUAUCUGAGGUUUGCCUUCCUACCACCCGGGAUCCUUAUAGGGGAUUUGGUUAGUUUGCCCUUCUGUUCAGCUCUUGCUGAGCGACUAACCCUUCCUUAAUUGUUUCCAAAUUGGUGCAUCUUUCAUGCCAAUCCCUUUAAGGACUAUUUGUUUUCUAACUCAGACCAUGGGCUACUUUGUUGUAGGGUAACUCUUUCCAGAGUUCUUUUUCCUUCCCUUGUGCCGGUUUGGGAGGUGAAUUCAUUGCUUAAGUUCUUUCUCCUAUUGGCAGAGUUGGUUAAUAUCUUGAAAUUAAAUUUAUAUGUGGGAUAUUGGAGUCAAACUCUUCUAAGAGAAGACUGCAGGAGAAGCCUCUGAAAGCAGCCCUGUCAACCCUCUGGGCACCUUCACCAACUCAGGAUGUCAGAGAAUCAGCCCAACAACACCCAUCAUCCAUUGAACAAUAAUGGGGUGGGUGGGCCCCCCGCUGGCAAUAACCGAGGGGUCCGCAAUCUCAACCAGAACCCUCUCAUCAAUGUUCGGGAUCGCCUCUUCCAUGCCCUUUUCUUCAAAAUGGCUGUCACCUAUGCCCGCCUCUUCCCACCGUCUUUCCGUCGCAUCUUUGAAUUCCUCAUGCUCCUUAAGGCUCUCUUUGUCCUCUUCAUUCUGGCAUACAUUCACAUCACCUUCUCCCGUUCCCCCAUCAACUGUCUGGAACACGUCCGGGAUAAAUGGCCACGGGACGGCAUCCUACGAGUUGAGAUCCAACGCAAUUCCAGCCGUAAUCCUGUUUUUCUCCAGUUCUGCGAGAGUGAGAGGUUUCCAGGCAUGAUGAUCGAGCCUGCUGUUGGGGAGGAGGAGGAAGAGGAGGAGGAGGAAGAAGAAAUGACGGUGGAGAUGUUUCAGAACAGCUCCAUCAAGUUUGAUCUGGAUAUUGAACCCAAGAUCUUCCACAAGGCAACUCGGCUGAGUAACGCCCAUGCUUUGUCCCCCAACGAAAGCCAAGAAUUCUCCUUCGGCAGUGAGCCAACCUCUAAAGGUAUGCAGCCUCUCAGCGAGACUGUGUCCGAAUUUGAGAUGCUAGCCAAAGCAGUGUGGCCGCAGGAAGAAUACAUUGUGGAAUAUUCCUUUGAGUACGGAUUCCUCCGAUUAUCCCAAAGCACCCGUCAACGUCUGAGCAUUCCCGUCAUGGUGGUGACUCUGGAUCCCACCCGGGACCAGUGCUUUGGAGACAGGUUCAGCCGCCUCUUAUUGGAUGAAUUCUUAGGAUACGAUGACAUUCUCAUGUCCAGUGUGAAAGCCUUGGCUGAAAAUGAGGAGAAUAAAGGUUUCCUUCGCAAUGUGGUGUCUGGGGAACACUAUCGUUUCAUCAGCAUGUGGAUGGCUAGGACGUCCUACGUUGCAGCCUUCGUCAUCAUGGUGAUCUUCACUCUCUCUGUUUCCAUGCUGUUGCGUUACUCACAUCACCAAAUCUUCGUUUUUAUCGUGGACCUGUUACAGAUGCUGGAAAUGAACAUGACAAUCGCCUUCCCCGCAGCUCCUUUGCUGACCGUCAUCUUGGCUUUAGUAGGCAUGGAGGCCAUCAUGUCCGAGUUCUUCAAUGACACCACCACGGCCUUCUAUAUCAUCCUCAUUGUGUGGUUGGCGGACCAGUACGAUGCAAUUUGCUGCCAUACCAACACAAGCAAGAGGCACUGGUUGAGGUUUUUCUACUUGUACCACUUUGCCUUCUAUGCCUACCAUUAUCGCUUCAAUGGGCAAUAUAGCAGUUUAGCCUUGGUGACUUCGUGGCUUUUCAUACAGCAUUCCAUGAUCUACUUCUUCCACCAUUACGAGUUGCCAGCCAUCCUCCAGCAGAUCCGCAUCCAGGAGAUGUUGCUCCAGAACCAGCAGGUGGGGACCCAGACCGCUCUCCAGGACAACCUCAACAACAACACAACCGUGGCGGCCACCAGUUCGGCCGACCAGCAGCCCCCCCUGGACGCCAGCACAGCCGGGGCAGGAGACGGCUCCCCAGUUUCUGGGGAAGGCCACGGCCCCCCGUCCUCCGGCGCUGGCGUCUCCCUCGGGAAUGACUUGAAUUGGGUGGCAGAGACAGCCGCUGUCAUCACAGAAGCCUCCUUUCUCUCCAACCUGGGCAGUUCCUUUCUGGACUCGGGGGCCACUCCGGCCGUUGUGACUAGCGGAGGGACUUUGCAGGACCUGGAGCCCGCCUCGAACCCGGCGACCCAAAGUUUGGUUAGUAGUAGUGACCGCACGGAAGUGAGCUCCGUCACGAUUGAGGGAAUGCCCACCGUUGGGACCUCUGUGACCAAUACACCUUCUCCCGCCACGGCCCAGUCAGAGCUGGAAGACGUUCCCCAGCCGCCAGAGAGUUCGGUAGGCCGAGCUGAGCCUCUGAAGACAGACUCCUCCCAAGGGUUGGCUUUAAGGGGACUCCUAAGUCAGGCCUCCGAAAGGCCUGCCGAGAGGGAUCCCACGCCGCUCCCCCCAGAAAAUAGGAUCUCCUGAUCCCACGAAGUCCCUGCUGCUUCUCCCGAACUCCUUCUGCCGCAGGAGACUGGGCGGCUUUCCGAUGGCAUCGAUUCGUUUUCCACACCGAGUUCCUCUUUUAGAGAAGAAAGAGGCAGAGUUAGAACAUAAGAUGAAGGGAAAGGCCUCGUUUUCUCCUGUCUUCCAAGUACCAGGAAAGGAAAUGGGGGCUGCGGGGGGAGGAGAAGCUGAAUAAAAAGAAGGGGGAAGCGAUUGUAGAUGUCGGUCCCUGCGUCGGAAUCAACUCUUUUUGAAAGAAGCGGCUUUCCGCAUCUCUGGUCAGUGAAUUGCGUUGAGCCCCAAUUUCUCAUCUCUGCCUCCACCCUCCGUUUCCCAGACUGCAUGGAAUCAUGAGGACUCCUUCUGAGUAUCUGCUGGAGAUCCUAAUUUGCAUUUAGAUCCUUGUCUGUUGGCAUUCAGUUUCGUCUUGAAAGGGUGCUUUAGAAGCGGGGGAGUGGGGAGGAGGAGAAAAAAAAGAAAGAAAGAACGGGUAUCAUGACAAAAGUUGUUUUUGUGGAUGCACCUUGGAAUUGGGUGGGGGAUUAUAAAGACCAGGAACCCCUGGUGUUGGUGAUUAUAAAGAGAAAUCGAUCCUUAAGCAGAAGGUGCAGCAUGGAAAGUUGGCAUGAACUGGCUCCGGAAUUAUCGACGGGAAUUGUUAUUUGAAGGGUCUUAAUACUUGAGUCCUAAAAAAAUAAUAAUUGGACUACAUCUGCUUAUGUACAAACACCAUGUUAAUUUCUCUCUCUCUUUUUUUUUCCCUAAAGAGGGUUGUAGGGGAUUAUUUAAAUAAUACAACAGGCUUGAGGGGGCCGGGACACAGUGUCUUACCCCAUUCCCCCACCCCAGUCCUUUGAACCCAGAUCUUUUUCUUCAAUAACUUGAGAGUCUAAGCGAUUCUCUCCUUUAAGGUGGGCCUGCCCCAAUGAAAAGUCUACAGCCUUCAGAUCGGUGGUUCUUUGCCUUUUACCUUCUCUUAAGUUAGCCUCCAGGUGGGAGGAGCCCAGUGAUGGGUUGAAAACAAAUGUGCAGGAACUCUGAGAUUGUGGGCCCUUUGCACUUGUGGGGAGGUGUGGCUGGAUGAACAGAGCCGUUCAGAAUUUGCUUCGGCUUACGACAGUUCUGAGUUGGUGCAAGUUAAACGCUUUCAAAGAAUUGAAAGGCAAAGAAUUGUUCUCUUUUUGAGUUGAAAGAGAGGAGCUAAUAAAAUAGCCACCGGGCAGGAUGCAUUAGAGCACGGUUUCUCAACCUUGGCCACUUUUUAAGACAGGUGGACUUCAACUCCCAGAAUUCCCCAGCCAGGGGAAUUCUAGGAAUUGAAGUCCACCUGUCUUAAAAAUUUGCCAAGGUUGAGAAAACAUUGCCUGAAGAGCCAGAGGAAUGGCUGAAAAGUAAUAUAUAUAUAUAUAUUUUUUUUGUCAAUUCAUCCAAAGAGUUCCCAUCCGCUGCUGCUUAUCCACUUAAAUGCGGAUGAUUGCAUUGUCUGGGUUGACCGGAUUUCAGCCACCGCAUCUUUCCAAUGUGACGCCUUUGACUAGCUAAUACUGAACUUCCUCCAAGGAGGAAGUUGCUUCCCCAGCAUGACUGCUUACCGGGAGGGGGGUCACACUUCUUUCUUUCCAGAAUGACGCUUCUCUUAUCGACUGGGAGCAGCCCGUUUCCAUAGUUGGCUUUGGAAUGGGGUUCCCGAGUGCCUUCUGUAGACUCCCCAAAUCUGGGAAGAGGGAGGAAUGAUUGGGGGGGGGGGGGGGGGGGAGGGAACUGCGGAGCCCCCCCCCCCCCCGAGUUUCUGACCCCCAUCACUCCCCUCUAUGACGUUCCGAGCAAGAAUCAAAUCUCUGGGACAGGCAACCUGGUGUUGGGCGCCACAAAGGAGAGAAGCUGAUGGCAGAUCAGUCCAGGGUGCAAGUGGUUUUGGUUUCCACUUGGUUUGGAGAUGGAAAAACCAAAAC